UCACGCUGUCUCUCUGCAGGUCUCCUGCCAUUACUGCCAAUCUACCAUCACUGUGUUUUUCAUCACUGCCGCGCUCUGGUGAAAAGGCUGUUGAAAGAAAAAGAUCUAUUUAUAUAUAAGCGGCUUUCGUGUGAAUUCGGUGGUUUCCAGUGAAUCCAGUAGCUGCUGCAGGCUCAGUGGUAAACACGAGACUUUAGAAGGUGUGAGUGACUCACUUUGUCACCCUUUUGUGUUUGUGUGAUGCAAACAAUUGAUAACACACAUGGUUUUUCUUGCCUUAUCUCCAGCACCAUGACCAGUAGCUCACAGCUUGUCCCUUUGCAUUGGAUUAAAAACAAAAGGUGAUGAUGAAUUUGAGGUCAUGGCUCCGACACUGAAAAACCAUGAACUCUGCUGACCUGCUCCCAGCAGCCUGUGCAGUGGGAGGCUGCUUCACGGGCUCAACCAAUCACCAGUCGUCUUUUCACCCAAUUGCAUCACGUGACUAAGUCUUGAUGCGAUAGAAUCUGGCGUAUGGACGGGACUGAUAUCUACCAGUGUGUGCAAUUUGGUGCAGCUUGAAUUUAAAGGGACAGUUUGGCCUCGGUGAAGGUUUCACACUAUAGCUUGAAUGACAGGGCAUCUAUUUAAAAUCUGAUAUGAUGAAAAUGCGGCGGCACCGGGUGUUCUUGCUCUGCACGGUGGGCCUGUGCGUCAUCUCCUUCCUCCACUACUACAAGGCCCUCCACUAUGUGUCCCUGCUGCGCGAGCUCUCCGCCCCCUACCCCAACAUCAAGUCCUUCAUCAUGGUCUCCGGCUUCUUCUGGAGGGAGAAGGGCGUGGCCUCCAGCCCGAUCAGCCCCGCCUCCCCCGAAGAGGCCCCACCCUUACCGGUUAUCCGUCAGCCGGACGCCAAAGCCAGAGGCGCGUCGGGGGCUGCGGGAGGAGGAGGAGGAGUCGGCGGCGGGGAAGGAGGAGGGAAGGGUCUGGGGAUUGGUGGGAUCCUGGUCGGAGGUGCUGGGAUUAUUAGCAGCGCAGGGCUGGAGAUCAGGCUGAGGGAGGAGCCGGCAGCUCCGUACCCCUGGGAGAAGCCAGAGGAGAACCAGCGGGGGGAUUCUCCUGACGAGGAGAGGGCUGAGGACCAUUUGCGACCGCAGAACCCCAAACUACAAAUCGAACCUGCUGAGCCGGACAUCCCCGAUGUCCCAUUUGCUGGAAAAGAACACAGGGGGGGGUCCCUCGGGGAUAAAUUACCGGACUCCUUGGAAUUCUUGGGAGACAUCCACACACAAACACACCAGCUUAAAGAGGACAAAACACCGUACUUUGCCCGAACCAAAGCCGGGGCUCUUUGCUUUAGGCAGGGGACAGAGGUGGCUACACCGAAGGAGUACUCGGGAAAGUCAGGGGGGGCUGUGGCCAACGGAGCCGGGGAAGGGGCUCGGGCUGCUGGGCAACGGAAACCUCUGGAGGUCCAGCAGCAGCCCUCCAUAGCGCCCAAAGCCAAGACGAGGGCCAGGGGCAACGGGAAGCGGCUGGUCAAGUGUGUGUGUCGGCCGGGCUGGCACGGACCUUACUGUGGGGUUCCCACCAUGGUGUAUCACUCCAAUCUGCCAACCAAGGAGAGGCUGACGCCCAGGGAGACCCCGCGGAGGGUGAUCAACGCUAUCAAUGUGAACCACGAGUUCGACCUGCUGCACGUGCGCUUUCGCGAGCUCGCCCAAGCCGUCGAUCUGUUCCUCGUUUGUGAAUCCAACUUUACUGCCUACGGCGAGAGACGGCCGCUGAGUUUCCUGCGGCUCCUCCUCAACGGUACGUACGACUACGUGCGUCACAAGAUCCUCUACGUGUUCCUCGACCACUUCCCGGAGGGCGGGCGGCAGGACGGCUGGAUCGUGGACGACUACCUGCGAACCUUCCUGACACAUAACGGUAUGUCCCGGGUGGUGGGGGCCAGGCCGGACGACGUCUUUGUCAUCAACGACGCAGAUGAGAUCCCAGCUCGCGAGGGCCUCCUCUUCCUCAAGCUGUUCGAUGGCUGGACAGAACCUUUCGCCAUCCACAUGCGCAAGUCCCUGUAUGGAUUCUUCUGGAAGCAGUUCGGCUCUUUGGAGGUGGUGUCCGGCUGCACGGUGGGGAUGCUCAGCGACGUCUACGACGGAGACGGGAUCAAACUGCGUCGCCGGGAAUACUACACCAUGCCGGGAUUCCGCAAGUACGAGAACGACACAGGCCACAUCCUGGUGCAGUGGUCGGUGGGCAGCCCCUUCCACUUCGCCGGGUGGCACUGCUCCUGGUGCUUCACGCCGGAGGGCAUCUACUUCAAGCUGGUGUCGGCGCAGAACGGAGACUUCCCGCGCUGGGGCGACUACGAGGACAAGCGAGAUCUCAGCUACAUCCGGGAUCUGAUCCGGACGGGGGGCUGGUUCGAUGGCUCCCUGCAAGAAUACCCUCCGGUGGACCCCAAAGAGCACAUGUACGCCCCCAAGUACAUGCUGGAGCACUUUGACAGGUACCGCUACCUCCUUCAGAACCCUUACAGCAGAGGGUCCGGUCCGAGCGAGGGCUAGGAGGUCGGCUGGGUGAACACACGUGAAAUGAAUAACAGGGCCCAGGUGGGGCCUCUGCACUGAGUCGGACGGAACGGUACUGAUGAACUACAUCUCUCCUUGGAGGGAUACUACAUGUAUCUCCACCAGGCAGCACUGAUGUUGCAGAGAUUAGAAAUCUUUUUUUUUUGGGGGGGGGGUAAAAAAGGGAACACUGAAUCAGGUCCACCAUUGAUUUGCGAUGAGGAUACAACCACUGGAUAAACAAAACCAUAGAUUUCCUCAUUCCUCCCUUUUUGGGGUAGGGGUCAAGCUAUCCCUCUUUUCGUCACCCCUCCCACCCCUGUCCUCCCUUUCUUCGACCGAUCUGAUUGGACACGCCUGCUGCCGUCUGAGAGGGACGGACGCUGAGGAGAAAAACAAGGGAUUAUUUGCAGGCGUUUGAAACCUGUGGAGAGGACAAACGAGUGAAGGACUGGUUUAUGUUUCUGUCUGUGUUUACUAACCCCCCCCCCCCCCUGCCUUCAGAUGUCUUCCUGUCAUAUUCGGUGACCUCCUUCCACAACCACGUUCAGAUAUUAUGUUUGUCUUGUAAAAAAAAUGAUAAACCGCUGGGCCCUGCUGGAGUCCCCAUCGCCAAGUGAACGACUCCGUGGAGACGAUUCAGCUCGUUCAUGUUUUCACACGUCCACAUGCACCUUAGACCUGUUUGAGUGUUUGUAAGAAAGUGUGUGUGUGAGGGUGUGUGUGUGUCUUUGUAUCAUUAUUGUGAGGGUUUUGGGAUGUGAAGGGGGAGAGAGAGAGAGAGAGAGUGAGAGAAACAG